AUGGCGGCGCCCUUGGUGAGAGCUGUGAGGAGGCCGGUGUCCGGAAGGAUGAUCAGUACUGCCGCUGCUCUUUGCCGCCGAGCUGCUCCUCUGGGUCCUCUUCCUAAUGAGCAGUUUGAAGGUAAAGACCUGCAGUCUCUCAAGAAAUACCGCAGCUUUAAAAAAUAUAAAAGAGUAGCUGAAGCAGAAAUGAAGAAACCAGUCUGGUGGAAGACAUACAGACAGUACCUGCAGCCCAGAAACGAUGAAGAGUCCGAGAAGGUGGAUAUUGGGCUACCCUAUUUAGUACCCUCUUCAACAAAAUUAAAGAAAGCCCGGAAGGAGAUAUGGAAGGACAUCCACAGUAAUGCAGAACUAGAAAGAGCAGCACGCCGUCGCACAUUGUACAUACCUCUGGAUGAAGUUCGAGCAGAAUGGGAACGAACGUGUGGCCCACAUCACAUCCAGAGAGUGGCUGAACAUUAUGGAGUAUAUAAAGAUCUCUUUGGAGAAGCCACCUUUGUUCCUAGAGUUGCUCUUCGUGUCCAAUAUAAUGCAGGACAUGACACAGUUAUGCCUGUCUAUUAUGGAAAUGUGGUGACUCCAUCUGAGGCCGCAGUGGCUCCAGAGGUGACGUUUGAUGCACAGGAAGACUCUUUGUGGACUCUUCUUAUGACAAAUCCAGAUGGCCACCUGAGGGAUACAGGCUCAGAAUAUGUGCACUGGCUGGUGGGAAACAUUCCUGGGAACCAAGUCCUUUCUGGAGAGGAGAUCUGUCACUACAUUCCCACAUUCCCUGCCAAAGGCACUGGUUACCAUAGAUACAUAUUCAUCUUGUUUAAACAAGAGGAACGCAUUGAUUAUACAGAGGAGAUGCGACCAAACCCAUGUCACAGUCUGAAGCUGAGGACUUUUAAGACCUUGGAUUUCUGUCGAAAAUAUGAACAGAAGAUAACUCCUGGAGGCCUGGCUUUCUUCCAGUGCAAAUGGGAUGAUAGUGUUACCCAAGUGUUCCAUCACUUAUUAAAUAUGAAGGAACCUAUCUUUGAACACCAGUUCCCACCAAGAUAUCACCCGACACAGAAAAAAUUUCCUCACAGUCAGCCUCUCAGAUACUUGGACAGAUACAGGGACUCAGAUGAACCCACCUAUGGGAUUUAUUGA